AUGGCAGUGCAAAAGGAGGAUGUGGAAAAGUUCCUCAGAGGGAACCCAGCUUUUGCUCAGGGAUACUUUGCCAAGAAGAUGAACCAAAAUGCCAUAUCCAAGAUUUCAGGACUUCCGGAGAAACAGGUGGACUUCAGCCAAUUUCAGGAGCUUAGUCAGGUGGAGGAGAGUCGCAUCAUGUACGAUCUGAUCAAAGACAUGCAGGAGAACAUCAACAUGGAAAAAGUAGUCUUCAAGAUCCUCAAGAGAAUCAGCGCAUUGAUCCACGCUGACCGCUGCAGCUUGUUCAUGUACCGGCAGAGGAACGGCAUCGGCGAGCUGGCCACCAGACUCUUCAACGUGAACACGCAGUCCGAGCUGGAAGAGUGCGUCGUGCCGCCCGAUUCGGAAAUAGUCUACCCAUUAGACUUAGGGAUAGUCGGUCACGUAGCCCAGACCAAGAAGACAGUCAAUGUGAAAGACGUCAAUGAGAAUCAGUACUUCAGCUCGUUCGCUGACGAGCUCACGGACUACAAGACGAGGAAUGUUCUCGCUACGCCGAUUCUAAACGGCAAAGACAUGGUGGCCGUGAUCAUGGCACUCAACAAGACCACCGGGCCGCAUUUUACGAAUGAAGAUGAAGACCUGUUUUUAAAGUACCUGAAAGUUGCCAGUUUGAACUUAAAGAUUUUUCACCUGAGUUACCUCCACAACUGCGAGACACGUAAAGGACAGCUGUUGCUAUGGUCAGCCAACAAAGUCUUUGAAGAGCUGACCGACAUUGAGCGACAGUUCCACAAGGCCUUGUAUACAGUGCGAGCCUACCUGAACUGUGACCGCUAUUCGGUGGGCUUACUUGACAUGACCAAAGAAAAGGAAUUCUUUGAUGUAUGGCCAGUUUUAAUGGGAGAACAGCCACCUUAUUCUGGGCCUCUUACUCCUGAUGGAAGGGAAGUACAUUUCUACAAAGUCAUCGAUUAUAUAUUACACGGGAAGGAAGACAUCAAAGUAAUACCUAAUCCACCAGCAGACCAUUGGGCCUUGAGUAGCGGCUUGCCUACUUAUGUUGCGGAAAGUGGCUUUAUUUGCAAUAUCAUGAAUGCGGGAGCAGAUGAGACAUUUAGUUUCCAGACUGAAGCGUUGGACAGCAGCGGAUGGACCAUAAAGAAUGUCCUCUCCCUGCCGAUCGUCAAUAAAAAAGAAGAGAUUGUCGGCGUGGCUACCUUUUACAACAGAAAAGAUGGAAAGCCUUUUGACGAUCAAGAUGAGCAGCUUAUGGAGGCUUUGACCCAGUUCUUGGGCUGGUCAGCUUUAAAUACGGACACCUACGAUAAGAUGAAUAAGCUGGAGAACCGCAAAGACAUUGCCCAGGACAUGGUGCUCUAUCACGUUAAAUGUCGGAACGAUGAAAUCCAAAAUAUCCUGAACACACAGGAGGUCUACGAUUGUGAACCGUGGGAGUGUGAAGAAGAGGAGCUUCAAGAUAUCUUGAAAAAAGACUUGCCUCCUCUGAUAAAGAAAUUUGAGAUCUACGAGUUCCGUUUUUCGGAUUUCAAUUGCACAGAAACAGAACUUGUCAAGUGCGGAAUUCAGAUGUACUAUGAAGUCGGUGUGGUCAAGAAGUUUCAGAUCCCUCAAGAGGUCUUGGUUCGUUUCAUGUAUUCUGUUAGUAAAGGCUACAGGAGAAUCACCUACCAUAACUGGCGUCACGGCUUCAACGUGGGACAGACCAUGUUCACACUCUUGACGACGGGUAUGCUGAAGAGGUACUAUACAGAUUUGGAAGUCAUGGCCAUGAUUACAGCUGGCUUCCUUCAUGACAUUGACCACAGAGGGACAAACAACUUGUACCAGGUCAAGUCAGGUAACCCUCUAGCCAAGCUGCAUGGAUCGUCCAUCUUGGAACGACACCAUCUAGAGUUUGGAAAAUUUCUCUUGUCUGAUGAGUCACUGAACAUCUACCAGAACCUAAACAGGCGACAGGUUGACCACGUUAUUCACCUUACAGACAUCGCCAUCAUCGCCACUGAUCUCGCUCUAUACUUCAAAAAGAGGACCAUGUUUCAGAAGAUCGUGGACCUUUCGCACACGUAUGAGGACGAAAAGAAGUGGGUUGAUUUCAUGUCGUUGGAGACAACCAGGAAAGAGAUAGUCAUGGCCAUGAUGAUGACUGCUUGCGAUUUGUCUGCCAUCACCAAGCCUUGGGAGGUGCAAAGCAAGGUUGCCUUGUCUGUGGCGGCAGAGUUUUGGGAGCAAGGUGACCUGGAGAGGACAGUACUGGAACAACAACCCAUUCCCAUGAUGGACAGGAACAAAGCAGCAGAGCUCCCAAAACUCCAAUGCGGUUUCAUCGACUUUGUUUGCACAUUUGUCUAUAAGGAGUUUUCCCGCUUCCACCCACAAAUCCAGCCCAUGCUUGAUGGAAUCCUGAACAAUAGGAAGGAGUGGAACGCCAAAAAAGAAGAGUAUGAGGCAAAACUCAAAGUUAUAGAGGACCAGAAAGCCGCCAAGCAAGCAGCUGCUGCCAGUAAAGCGGAUAACGCCGGCGGAGGCUCAAAGACAUGCUCGGUGUGCUGA